AUUUGAACCUAUCGUUCUCCCUCUCUUCUGCCCUUCUGGUCUCGACCCCCUAGCUCUGUUCUUGUCUCGGCGGCAAAGCAUUAAGCUGAUGUACAUAAAUAUGGUGAUUUGUGGAGUGCCUGAAAGGUGUUCGAUGAAACGUCUGAGAAAAAUACAGUUUACCGCCUAAAGCUCCAGAAAAAAGAAAACUUUAAACUUUGUUUGCAGUGCUUUCGUGACCAACCUAGACUCCAUAGCCAUGGAGCAAAAGCUUCUAUCGAGUUUAGAACAAAUUUUCAGAAUUCAGACAAAGAUAUCUUUAAAACCCUUCUCUAUGGCAAGAUCUCUCAUCUUAAACCCCUCAACCUCCGAUCAAACCAUCUCCUCCAUCCUCCAAAUCUUAGAAACUCUAUCAACAGCUACAAUAAACCCCAAAUUCGACCUUCUCAAUUUCAUCACACUCCUUUGUGAAAUCUCCAUUGUCCACCGCCAUUUCUCCCCAACCGUCACCACCAUACUCCGCUCGCUCUGCCUUCACUGCCCCAGCAUUCCCCCACGUGCCGCCGGACUUGCACUCUCUACCCUUGUUUCCAUCGCUCCUGCUUCUGCUUCCGACUUGGGUCCUGCGUUUUCAGAGGGAUUGUUUUUAUCGCUCUGCUUCGGUCCGUGCGUGCCUGUGCGUCAAAGGCUGUUAAUGGAUGCGGAGAAAUUUAGAGUCCGACCGUCAGUUCUGCUCACGGUAUUGCUAGGGUUCACUAAGGACCCGUAUCCUUACGUGAGGAAGGCUGCUUUGGAUGGGUUGAUUGAUUUCUGCAAAUGGAUUGUUGUUAACGAUCAUCUUAUGGUUGAAGGAUGCUACUUGCGUGCUGUUGAGCUGUUGUUUGAUACCGAGGAAUGCGUGAGAUGCUCAGCUGUUCAUGUGGUAAAUGAAUGGGGAAACUGGCUUGUGGAAAAUAGUGAGGAUAAAAGCAAAAGAGAUUGCUCAGAUGCAUUGUAUGUACAGGUAAAUUUUUAG